AUGGUGGGGACGCCGAGGGUGUUGAUGGUGGCUGAAAAGCCCAGCCUGGCGCAGUCCAUAUCCCAGAUUCUGUCGGAUGGCAAGACUCAUUCCCACCGGCGCAACCUGGAGGUCCAUGAGUUUGCGGGUACCUUCCUUGGCGCACCUGCCCAAUUCAAGAUGACAUCUGUCAUCGGCCAUGUCUUGUCCAUUGAUUUUCCACCCCGGUUUCAGAAUUGGGACACAACAGACCCAGCGACACUCUUCAGCGCGCCGACAAUAAAAACGGAAGCCAACCCGAAGGCACAUGUUUGCAAGCACCUGCAGAAUGAGGCAAAAGACUGUGACUACCUUGUCCUGUGGCUGGACUGCGACAGGGAAGGAGAGAACAUCUGCUUUGAGGUCAUGGACAACACCGUCAAGUGGAUGAGACGCCGCUCAGGUCAGCAGGUCUUCAGGGCACAGUUUUCAUCAAUUAGCGCAUCAGAGAUAAAGGCUGCAAUGAGAAACCUGGGAAAGCCCAACGAGAACGAGGCCCUCGCUGUGGAUGCUCGCCAGGAGCUGGACUUGAAGGUGGGCGUCGCCUUCACCAGGUUCCAGACCAGGUUUUUCCAGGGCAAGUACGGCAACCUGGACUCAGCCCUCAUAUCCUACGGCCCCUGCCAAACGCCCACGCUCAAUUUCUGCGUGGAGCGGCACCAGAAGAUCAUUUCCUUUGAGCCCGAGCCGUUUUGGACUGUCCGGGUGCAUGUGGCGAAGAGCGGCCUGCAGGUGCAAUUCGACUGGGAGAGAGGCAGGGUGUUCGACCAGGCUGUAGGAGCGAUGUUCCAGAAGUCGGUGCAAGAUGGCAAGAGUCUGAAGAUCACGUCCGUGAUAGAGAAGGAAUCCCGCAGCCACAGACCCUGCGGCCUCAACACUGUGGAGAUGCUGAAGAUCGCGUCCUCGUCUCUCAACAUCGGUCCGCACCACACCAUGCAGAUAGCGGAGCGGCUCUACAUCCAGGGCUACAUGAGCUACCCGAGGACGGAGAGCAGCGCCUACUCCGCGGGGUUCGACAUCAAUGGCACCAUCGCGGCGCAGAGGGGCCACCCCAUAUGGGGGCAGUACGCCCGAGGACUGCUGGAGGCCGGCGUCAGCAGGCCGAAGGGCGGCGUGGACGCCGGCGAUCACCCUCCCAUCACUCCUGUGCGAUCCGCCACGGAGGCUGAUCUGGGAGGCGGGGACGCUUGGAGGCUGUACGACUACGUCGUGCGCCACUUCCUGGCCUCCGUCAGCCCGGACUGCGUCCUCAAGAAGACCGAGGCCACUGGUACCUGCGGGGGAGAGACGUUCAGCGCCUCGGGGCGGCGCACGAUCAAGCCCGGAUAUGUAGCCGUUAUGCCUUGGAAGAAAGUUGAGGGUGAGGAUUUGCCGCCACUUCGAGAAGGCGAGGUGCUGCCCGUAAAGGAGGUGGAGCUGCACCAGGGGAAGACGUCGCCCCCGGGCUACCUGAGCGAAUCGGAGCUCAUAUCACUCAUGGAAAAGAACGGAAUCGGAACCGACGCGUCCAUAUCGGUGCACAUCAACAACAUCUGUGAGCGGAACUACGUGCAGAUCCAGGCUGGCCGCUCCGUGGUGCCCACGGAGCUGGGCAUAACCCUCAUCAAGGGCUACCAGCUCAUCGACCCGGAGCUGUGCCGCGCCCAGGUGCGCGCCCACGUAGAGGCGCAGAUCAGCCUCAUCGCCAAGGGGCAGGCGGACAAGCAAGCCGUGGUGGACCACAGCCUCCUCGAGUUCCAGCAGAAGUUCACCUACUUUGUGGACAAGAUCGACAAGAUGGACGCCCUAUUCGAGGCCAGCUUCUCUCCGCUGUCCUCUUCAGGGAAGCCGUUCGGCAAGUGCGGCAUCUGCCACAGAUACACGAAGUACAUUCCGACGCGGCCGGCGCGGAUAUACUGUCCGACGUGCGAGGACGUCUAUCCUGUACCGCAGGGCGGUACAGUCAAGCAGUAUGGCGGCCUCACCUGCCCGCUGGACGGCUUUGAGCUGGCGCUGUUUUCCCUAGGAGGAAAGGAUGGCAAGACUUACCCGUUCUGUCCCUACUGCUUCAGCCACCCGCCAUUCGAAGAUGCCAAAAAGGUUGGAGCCGGCAGCGGCAAGUCCGGCAUGCCCUGCACCACCUGCCUGCACCCCACCUGCCCCAACAGCGUCAUCAGCCUGGGGGUGAGCUCCUGCCCUGACUGCGACGACGGCACGCUUGUGCUGGACCCCGUCAGCGCCCCCUCCUGGCGUCUGGACUGCAGCUGCUGCAGCUUCCUCAUCUACCUGCCGGAAAACCUGCACUCUGCGAAACUGUCUCAGGGCGCAUGUCAGGACUGCGAAUCCACCCUCCUGGAACUGGACUGGAAGAAGAGUGCCACGCCGCUGGCGAACGCGGCCACAAAGUACACGGCGUGUGUCGUGUGCGACGACUUCUUGCGCGGCCUGUGCCAGAUGAAGCACGGCCACACCUUCUUCGCACGGGGGGGAGGCAGGCGGGGUCGAGGGAGGGGCCGGGGAAGGAGGGGAAGGGGGCGGGGCAGGGGCGGCGGAAGGGGGAAGAAUUUCGACCCGAAGAUGAGCUUUAGCGACUUUUGA